AUUACAGAAACAUGAGAUUACAGUUCAAAAAUGUUAACCGUUGAUAAAACUUUAUUAUAUUUACAGCAAUCUAUAUGAAAUCUAUCAAUAAUAUUUACAGCAACCUAUCAGCAACUUAUCAACAGUAUUUGAAGCAAUCAAUAAUAAUAAAUAAAAAGUUGAAGCAAAGCAAUCUUAAUCAGCAACCUAUUGUUGGAGUUCUUGCCCAAAAAUUGAGCGAAUCUCAAACCAAUAUUGCUGGUACUUCAUAUAUAUCAGCAGGAUACAUUAAGUAUGUUGAAAUGUCAGGAGCAAGAGUUGUCCCAAUUUUAACAAAUAUAACAGAGGAAGAACUGCGUUCACUUUUUGGAAAAAUAAAUGGGGUUAUAUUUCCCGGUGGUGAUGUUGACUUGAUGCAUUCUUCUUACCGCAAAAAUGCUGAGAUCAUAUUUAACCUUGCUAAACUAGAAUUUGAAAACGGAGGUUAUUUUCCUAUUCUUGGAACUUGUCUUGGAUUUCAAGCAUUAUCAGUGUUGGUUGCAAAUACUGACAACGUGAUUGAGCCAUGCAAAGGACUUGACGAUGUCUCCAUGAACUUAAAGUUUAAUGGAGAUUUAGGAAGAAUGUUUAAAGAAGCACCUGAAAAAAUUUUAGAUAUUUUAAAAAAUGAGCCUGUCACUUACAACUCACAUUAUAACUGCGUUACAACCAACAUGUAUAAAAAAACUAGCAGUUUGCAAAACUUUUUUCGUGUUUUGUCGACAAAUAAAGCAGAAGAUGGAACAGAAUUUAUUUCAACAUAUGAAGCUCGCUUCUAUCCUUUUUAUGCAACUCAAUGGCAUCCAGAAGAAAAUGUUUUUGAGUUUCCAAUAGCUGAGAGUGGAGAGAGUACAAUUAAUCAUUCUUAUGAAGCCAUAACUAUUUCACAAUAUAUGUCUAACUUCUUCGUCAACGAAUGCAGAAAAAGCAACCAUCAAUUCACAAACAAAGAAGAAGAACGGAAAUCAUUGAUUUACAAUUAUCCUAUUUUAUACAUAGAACCUCAAGGUGGUUUUGAACAAAUUUAUGUAUUUUGAUCUUUGAUAUUUUAUAAUUCAAAAAUUUUACAAAUUUGCAAAGAUAAGCAAUAUAAAAAGAUUUUGAAAAAAGAUCACAAAGAUCUGAAAGAAGAUCAAAAUGAUCUUGUAAUACAUAAAUGUAAAUAGGCAUAUCAAGCUGUGUAUCUGAAUUAAAAUCUUGUAAUACAUAAAUGUAAAUAGGUA